AACAUCACCUGCGGACAAACCUCGCCUCUGACGGCGGAUUGCGCUCCCGCGGCUUUUUCAAACAACAUCGCACACGAACCAGGCGAGGCGUGUGCGGGACGGGGACAGAGCUCGGUCCGGCCGCUCGGUCCUCAUUUGAAAACCGGGGCGCUCAAAUCUGUCCCUCCUGAGGACGGGACGCCUGGAGCUCAGGCAACAACAAUGGACUGCGUUUCCACAGGGAAGUCGCACUUGCUGGAGCCGUGUCGUGGGGACUCAGUGGAUUUCAGCAUUCAGCUCCCCGUCAGUGUUUUUAUGUGCACUUGUUAAACAGAGGUGACGGUAGCGGGGGCUUCAGUGCGAGCCGAGGAUGCCUGCGAGGAACAGGUACAAUCUGGUGGACGAUGUGGCGGACUCACGGGUGCCGCUCCACAAUGAUGAGGCUUACCAGCAUGGGAUACAUUUCCAGGCUAAGUAUGUGGGGAGUCUUGACGUCCCCAGGCCUAACAGUCGGAUGGAGAUUGUGGCAGCCAUGAGGAGGAUCAGGUAUGAGUUCAAGGCGAAGAACAUCAAGAAGAAGAAGGUCAGCAUCGUGGUGUCUGUGGACGGAGUCAAAGUGAUGCUGAGGAAAAAACAGAAGAGGAAGGAGUGGACCUGGGAUGAGAGCAAGAUGCUGAUCAUGCAUGAUCCCAUAUACAGGAUUUUCUACGUGUCUCAUGACUCCCAGGACUUAAAGAUCUUCAGCUACAUCGCCAGAGACGGCUCCAGUAAUUCCUUUAGGUGUAAUGUCUUCAAAUCCAAGAAGAAGACUCAGGCCAUGCGCAUUGUGCGGACAGUGGGUCAGGCCUUUGAGGUGUGUCACAAGCUCAGUCUGCAGCAUGCUGAGCAAGAUGCAGACGGACAGGCGGACGGAGAGAGCGACAAGUCUACAGAGGAGGCCACCAGUCAAGGUCGUAAACUGACAGGAGCGGAGCGAGGGGAGGAGGAGGAGGAGGGCAGGAAAGAUGGGGGAGGAGGAAAACGAGGAGAGGAGCCUUCAGGAGGGGCGUCACUGUGUGAGCAGGCAGUCAGUGAAAUACUACAGAGCCUGGCUGAGCUGAACGUGGUCAAACCUGGACAGACCAUCAUAGACUUUGAUCGCAGGCCCCUCUUCACGGUGACAUCCCAGGGCAUUUCUCCCAGCAGCCCCUGCUCUCCGUCUCUUACACCACUGGCAUCGCAACACUACCUCCACCUGCUCCAGCACCAGCUACAGCAGCAGCAGCAGCACACACAGGUGGCCGUGGCACAGGUGCAGCUGCUGAAGGAUCAGAUGGCAGCAGAGACUGCAGCUCGUAUGGAGGCCCAGGCCCGUGUGCACCAGCUCUUGCUGCAGAACAGGGACUUGCUGCAGCACCUGGCCCUGCUUGUGCAGCAGCUCAAAGAGCUGGAGGCCCGCUCUCCACCACCAGCGCAACCAGGCCAGCCACAACAGGAGCCUACAGCUAAUGGACACACACAGAAUGGCCAGGAAUCAACAUGCAGCUCAGGUUCCACAUCAUCAAAGUCUUUAUCUCUGAAUCUGAAGAAUCACUACAGCCAGACCCUGGACCAGCCCGUAACCUCCACACCUGCAUGGCCACUCCAAAACAGCCUCUUCUCAUCAGCCCAGGUGGACUGCGGCGAGUCCUAUCUCAACCUGCUGAACCUGGAGAACGGGACCAAACCGUCCGCCUCAGUAAACGGGGAGGUCGACCCCGUCAUUAGCACCAAAGGGAAAACAGACAACAAGGAGAGCUCUGAGGUGACCUGCAAUGAGAUCAUCCCAUUCUCACCAAGAAGCUCUGCCAACGUGGAGGAAAAGUGCAAACAGACGAUCCCUAAGCUGGACCCUCCUCCACCGUCCAUGAACCGCAAACGCUCCAGUAGGACCUUGUCUCCAGGGUCAGAGGUCACAGCUGUGCCCCUGGUUGGAGAGAUCAACAGCAACGGCGUGGCUCCCAGCCGCAGCAGCAGCCUCUCCUUCCCAGACAUCACCCCCUGCUCCCUUUCAUCCGCUGAUUUCCACUCGCUCAGCAACGGAGAGAGCAGCUCCUGUUCAGCCAGUGAGGACUCAGGCGUCCGCUCUGAGACCAAGUCCCUGCUGUCCCCCCUGCGUGACGACGAGGACCCAUUUGGGGACCGUGGGACAUUUCUAACAGCAUCCAGCGGUUGCGACAGUCCACUGGAAGACGGAAAUGAAAUGGUUCCCCCCUCUUCGGCGUUAUUUCCGCCCAUGCCCCCUGCACUUGCAACACAUGCGGACAGCUAUGAGCACACACUACCCUUCUCCUCCGCUAUUAAUGAUACCUGCCUUCACAUCAGUUUUUCUGAGGAUGAGCUGCUGGAGAGCAGCCAGGAGGACCCGGCUGUCCCACAGCGGAGCUAGGAGAACGGACAGGAUGGGUAUCUGGAAACCUCUCACUAUGUUCUUCAGUCACCUUAUAAUGCAAUACUUAAUUUCAGAGCCCACUUUUAGGGCAUUUUUUUGUUACAUAGUAGCUGCUCAUCUCACCUCGGCUAUGCUCACUUUUAGUACCAGCUGCUUUUCAGGACUUUGUUUUCAAUUGCACAUAGUACCCCCUCAUGGGUGGUUGACUGUGGGCGUGUGGAUCAGUUUUUCCUCCAUUCUCUACCAAAGCCCCACUAGAGUGUUUUAUUUAAAAAAAAAAAAAAAAUCAACUAGACCAACUCAAAAUUGGCUGCUUCACAUGAAUAAUGGUGUAAAAUAAUGUUUUACAUGGAUAGAUUAUCAAUUAUGAUACAAGUUUCACAAGUGCUUUUUGCAUUUCCUGGUUCUAUGCAGCAACCAUUCAGGCUUUGCUGUUCAAAUUCUCUCUGACCAAUCGAUAGUCUGCAGCGUUUCACAUCACAUGUCAGUAUCUGCUCAGCUCGCUUGGAAGCUCAGCGGAGGUGGUUGCAAAAAUAGCAUCUGGUACCAGAUACUAUCCCAAACAUUUGCCUAAUGGAAAACCAAAAAAAAGUGGGUAGAGCCGAGGCGAGUAGAGUAGAUACCAUGUAAUGGAAAAGGGCCCUUACGUGUGCAUUGGCCUUGAUAUCAGGACUUACUUCGCUCGCUCAUGACACAAUGCAGACAUAACAUAUAUCAAUUACUGGAAAAUAAUCUAUUGUAUAAAUUAUUAGGCAAUGGACAGAUUUAGUAUUUUUAUAGAGAGAGUAAUGAUCAGAUUUCCAUUUUAGGGAUUAGAAUGUUAAGCAGAAUACAUGUAGCAUCUCUUGCACUGUUAAAGUCAUACCUUAGAACUCAAAGCCAACAAGGUAACACAUUUUAUUUUUGCUAGUAGUCAAUAUUAAAACAUUAUUUUGUAUGAUGCUUUGCUGUGAUACACACUAUUGUGAGAAAAAAAAAAAAAAAAAAGAUUCUGCCAGCAUCCAGAUUUCACAGAGUUACAUGUGACUAUCAUGUAAAUGUUGCUUCAGUGUGACACUGUGGUCCCUGUCGGGCUGAGACGCUGUGGUGCUGGGAAGAGCCUCGUCCUUUUGCAGAACACCUGAGCGGCUGACAAGCAGAAAGAAAGGAACCAGAAAGUCAGAGAACGGAAAAAGAGAGGAGAGAAGUGUGAAUAUCUAGCUGUGUUUGUGUCGAUGCACAUCCGUGGGUGUGUGUGUGUGUUGUGAUAUGAACAGGGUUGAGUGGGUUUCAGAAUGUUUUUGUGUUACUUUCGGCAUCUGGGUUUUUCUCGGCCACGCCGGCCUCGAAGUAGAGCUGGAAAAAUUGUUUUCUAGAGCAGAAGGCAUUUUGUACUUUCCAAUGGGGAUUGUACCACACGUAGCAUGAAGAUUUCCAAAUUGAAUGGAAGCUAUUUUACUGCUAAGAGACAGCACAGAAAGAGGAUGAGCCUUAA